CAUUCUGUUCUUUUCCUAAUGGUCCUGCAUGGUCUUCCUAAUUUUACAGUAAAACACUCCUUGAAGUAUUUCUUCACUGAAACCCCUGGAGCUCAGAGCAUCCCGGAGUAUGUGGUUGUUGCAUUUGUUGAUGAAGUUCCUAUAGGUGACUUCAACAGUGUAAGAGGAGCAGACCUAAAGAAAGACUGGAUUAAAUUCUUUGAGGAUCAUCCCCAGCACCUGGAGUGGUGUAUAUUACAAUCUGUGGAUAGACAUCACUUCUUGAAGGCUACCAUUGAGACUUUGAGGCAACAAUUAAACCAAACUGAAGGUGUUCAUAUUUUGCAAAAGUUGGAUGGCUGUGAAUGGGAUGAUGAGACUGGAGAGAUUAAUGGGUUUAAUCAGUAUGGUUAUGAUGGAGAAGAUUUUCUAGCAUUGGACCUGCAGACACUGACAUGGAUCACUGCAAAACCACAGGCUGCCAUCACCAAAAUGAAAUGGGAUGCUCAAAAAGUUCGAGUAGAAGAAAAUAAAAAGUUUUUUGGUGAUCAGUGCCCUGAGUUUUUAAAGGAGUAUUUGCGAUAUGGGAGGAGAUUUCUGCAGAAAACAAUUCUUCCCUCAGUGUCUCUCCUCCAGAAGACUCCCUUCUCUCCAAUCAGCUGCCACGCUACAGGUUUCUAUCCUGACAGAGGUUUGAUGUUCUGGAGGAAAGAUGGAGAGGAGCUUCAUGAAGGUGUAGAUCCCGGAGAGAUCCUCCCCAACAAUGAUGAGACCUUCCAGAUGAGUAUUGAUCUGAAACUUUCAUCAUUCACACCUGAAGACUGGGAGAGGUACGACUGUGUGUUUCAGCUCUCUGCUGUGAAAGAACACAUCGUAACCAAACUGGACAAAACAAUGAUCAGGACCAACUGGGAGAAGCCAGCUGACACUGUGACCUUCAUCAGUGCUGCAGUGGUUGUUCUAACUGUCACCAUCAUCACAGGUGUGGCAUUUGUAGCUUACAAAAAGAAGAAAGCUCCUGACGAUGGCUCUGAGCAGUCUGAGAGACUAAAUCCACAAAGUUGACUGUCCUGCAAAGAGUUCUUCACUUCAUUCUCUGUAUGACUUUCCUCCAGCUGCUUCAGUUUAUUCCAUAGUUUAAAGACAUGUUAAAAACACCAAUCAAUAAAUAAAGUACGGAUAAUGAUCACUGUGAACAGGCUGCUAUACUUGCUGUAAAUUGGUGCAUGGUCAUAUAUUUGUAUUUAGCUGCUGUGUGUACGUGUUUGCUAAAAAGCAAAAGUAAAUGUUUCAACUUUAUUGAUUGUUAUGCAUCUGACAAUGACAGUUUGUUAGACCUGAAGUGUGUUAUUUCACUGAGAUGUUGGCAGUGUACAAAGCAUGUCGUAUUUUCCAAAUAACACCAAAACAUUUGAAGGAUGACAGCAACAGACCGUCAUUUGAAAAUGAAAUGUUCUCAGUUUAAUAUUUUAUUCUCCUGUGAAAAUGGCUAACCCGGGAUUUCCUGCAUUUGAUCUGUGAGGUCACAUGAUCCUGAUCUUUGACCACCUUUGGCUAUGUCCUAAUUCAAACAAGGAAAACUGUUGAUCCCACUAUAACUUCCUCACUGUGUUUUUUCUCAUGUAUUUAAACAAACAAACAAACUGAUUAAAUAACUUGAUGUUGAACAUUACUGAUAUCAUAUAGAAAAUAUUUUUGUUUUAGCUCAGAAGGUAAAGUUCUAUAUGAGGAAUUGUAUAAAAUGACAACUGCUAUAUGACAUAAUAACAUUUUUACUCUCAGAUGGGAGUAUCAGCGAUGCUCUGAUAGCAAACUGUCUGAAGCUGCAAGUAAAAACAGCUUGACACUGUUCAG